AUGUCUACAGAAGACUCCUUGCAAACUACAAAAAGGCUUGCUUCAUAUACCGCUCCUCCAGAUGUUUAUAGUGACUUGAUAAAUAGCGACGAUGAAAGUGAUCCAUUUGCGCAACGUAGCACCUCACGGCGAAUAAUAGAUCGAGAAAGUGAAUAUCAUGCUAGACGGCUCAACCGUACGCUUUCACCGGAACGUCAUGAUCCCUUCGCUGCGGAGGAAGCUAACGGUGAAUCGCGAUCGUAUGUUGAGGUUAUCAAGCAAGCCGAGUUAGAGCGUGAGGAACAUCGACUUCUUCAAAAACUUGAGGAAAAGAAAAAGGAGACAAAGGAACUGGCAAAAGAGCAAUCAACAACACAGAAAAAGAGAAGAUGGGACAUGGCCACACCGGUAGAUACAAAACCUGCUUCAGAAUGGUCGAAAGCAGACGAAGAGGAAACAAACACAUCAAAAACAAGAUGGGAUGAAACACCUCGGGGAAGCUCUGAUGCUUCUAUGGAGACUCCCCGUAAGCGUAGUAGAUGGGAUAUUACUCCCCUAGCAACAACCAAGAAAUCGCGUUGGGACGAAACUCCUGUAGUUGCUAAUCAACUUGGUGCAACACCUGUCGGAAACCUGGGACUUGUUACUCCAACACCGGGGCAUUUGGUUCCAAUGACACCUGAAGCUCAACGAUGGGAGAAGGAUCUAGAUGCUCGCAAUAGACCGUUAUCAGAUGAAGAACUAGACAAUAUGUUUCCGCAAACUGGCUAUAAAAUUCUUGAACCACCUUCGGGGUAUGUUCCUAUUCGCACACCGGCUCGUAAGCUGAUGGCGACGCCUACUCCAAUUGCUGGUGAUGGCUUUGUGAUGUUAGAAGAAGAUCGUAAUCAAACGUAUGAUAUACCAGCUGAAAUACCUGGGGUUGGUAAUUUGCCAUUCUUUAAACAGGAAGAUAUGCAGCAUUUUGGUAAACUACUCGAUGAUAAAGAUGAAAGCGAAAUGUCAGUGGAAGAACUUAAAGAACGAAAAAUAAUGCGGUUACUUCUAAAAAUUAAAAAUGGAACACCACCGAUGAGGAAAACUGCACUCCGACAGAUAACGGACAAAGCUCGUGAUUUCGGCGCCGGCCCCUUGUUUAAUCAAAUUCUUCCUCUGCUUAUGUCGCAAAAUCUCGAAGACCAAGAACGUCACUUGCUAGUGAAAGUUAUAGACCGCAUUCUUUACAAGCUAGAUGCUCUCGUUCGCCCAUACGUGCACAAAAUAUUGGUAGUAAUUGAGCCUCUGCUUAUCGACGAAGAUUAUUUUGCGAGAUGUGAGGGAAGAGAAAUAAUAAGCAAUCUAAGUAAAGCGGCUGGACUACCGACGAUGAUCGCCACAAUGAGACCAGACAUUGACCAUGUUGACGAGUACGUCCGUAAUACUACGGCUCGCGCAUUCUCAGUGGUUGCGUCUGCACAUGGAAUACCCGCACUAUUGCCAUUUUUAAAGGCUGUGUGUAAAAGUAAAAAGUCAUGGCAAGCACGACAUACAGGCAUCAAGAUUGUCCAGCAGAUAGCCAUACUUAUGGGAUGUGCCGUUUUACCGCAUUUGAAAAAUUUAGUCGAAGCUAUUGCGCAUGGGUUAGAGGAUGAUCAACAAAAAGUACGAACCAUUACUGCUCUUGCAAUUGCCGCUUUGGCAGAGGCUGCUGCCCCGUAUGGUAUCGAGUCGUUCGACUCAGUACUUAAGCCUUUAUGGACCGGUAUACGCAAACAUCGUGGAAAAGGACUUGCUGCUUUUUUGAAAGCCAUCGGAUAUAUAAUUCCAUUGAUGGAUGCUGAAUAUGCUAAUUAUUAUACAAAAGAGGUCAUGAUUAUUCUCAUUCGGGAAUUCCAAUCUCCAGAUGAAGAGAUGAAAAAGAUUGUACUCAAGGUCGUUAAACAAUGUGCUGCAACAGAUGGGGUUCAACCCCAAUACAUAAAAGAAGAGAUAUUACCCGAAUUUUUCAAGAAUUUCUGGGUACGUCGUAUGGCACUUGAUCGCCGUAACUAUCGACAGGUAGUAGAGACUACAGUAGAACUUGCUCAGAAGGUUGGUGUCACUGAAAUAGUAGGCCGAAUAGUUGAGGAUCUCAAGGAUGAAUCUGAACCAUACAGGAAAAUGGUUAUGGAAACUAUAGAGAAGGUUAUCAGUCAACUUGGAGCAGCUGAUAUAGAUACGCGACUUGAGGAGGUCUUGAUUGAUGGUAUUCUUUACGCCUUCCAAGAGCAAACCGUUGAAGACGUCGUCAUGCUUAACGGUUUUGGAACAGUUGUUAAUGCACUUGGUCUUCGCGUGAAGCCUUAUCUUCAGCAAAUUACCUCGACAAUCUUAUGGAGGCUUAACAACAAGUCUGCUAAGGUCCGACAACAAGCAGCUGAUCUCAUAUCGCGUAUUGCGGUUGUUAUGAAGACCUGUGGCGAAGACAAACUCAUGGGUCAUUUGGGCGUUGUGCUUUACGAAUAUCUUGGCGAGGAAUAUCCGGAGGUUCUUGGUUCGAUUUUAGGAGGAUUAAAAUCGAUCGUUAACGUAAUUGGUAUGUCAAGCAUGACUCCGCCUAUCAAAGAUCUACUUCCACGACUUACCCCGAUAUUGAAAAACCGGCACGAAAAGGUAGAAGAACAAUGUAUCGAUUUGGUUGGUCGUAUUGCUGACCGUGGGGCAGAAUUUGUAAGUGCGCGAGAAUGGAUGCGCAUUUGUUUUGAACUGUUAGAUAUGCUUAAGGCACACAAGAAAGGCAUCCGAAGAGCCACUGUCAAUACAUUUGGAUAUAUUGCUAAGGCAAUUGGACCACAAGAUGUAUUGGCAACUUUGCUCAACAACUUAAAGGUGCAAGAACGACAGAAUCGAGUAUGCACUACUGUAGCGAUUGCAAUUGUAGCAGAAACCUGUGCGCCAUUUACAGUUUUACCUGCUUUAAUGAAUGAAUACCGUGUUCCAGAACUGAAUGUUCAGAAUGGUGUUUUAAAGUCACUCUCAUUCUUAUUUGAAUAUAUCGGUGAAAUGGGCAAAGAUUAUAUUUAUGCGGUGACGCCACUAUUAGAAGACGCCCUUAUGGAUAGAGACCUUGUACAUCGGCAAACCGCUUGCACUACAGUAAAACAUAUGGCAUUGGGCGUUGCAGGCUUAGGUUGUGAGGAUGCGCUUCUUCAUCUGUUAAAUUACGUUUGGCCCAACAUCUUUGAGACCUCUCCUCAUGUUAUCAAUGCAGUAAUGGAGGCGAUCGAAGGCUUGCGCGUAGCUCUUGGACCUGCAACGGUGUUACAAUAUGUUUUACAGGGUUUGUUCCAUCCAGCACGCAAAGUGCGCGAGAUUUAUUGGAAGAUCUAUAACAAUCUAUAUAUUGGAUCUCAAGAUGCUUUGAUUCCUUAUUAUCCAAGAAUAGAAGACGAUGAGCGAAAUAACUAUGAGAGAUACGAAUUAGCUAUACAACGGGUGAUAUGGAUCGUACUGCUUCUUAUAGCAUAUAGUGCUGCGUCGACUCUAGCGCAGUUGGGUACGAUGAAUUUCGGAGACGGAAGAAUACGACCUAGUGGUGGGAUAAUGGUGUGUGGAUUUUGUCUGGUGGGAGCUGUUCUACUGGGCUUAUCACUGGCCAUGGAUAGGAUGUCGCAGUCGCGAUUUACCUGGGCGAAGCAUGUUGUAUUUGCAUUUACCUGGACGGGCCUGUGGACUCUGUGGCAAGAAUUCAGUCCGAUAGGUGACUUUGGCAGCCAUGUAUACUCUCAAUUCAACCAACCGGAGCUCCUCCAAUUUGCAUCCAUCGCCGGCAUAAGCGGCAUUGAUUUCAUGCUGUCAUGGGGUGGUGCGAUCGGUGCAUAUGUUUUAUACACGUUCAUCGACCACCAAAGACGUAAUUCUUUCCUCUCACGCAUUUACUCUCCCGUGGUCGUUUACUUGGUAGUAUUAUCUCUUAUUUAUACGUAUGGGUCAAUGCGACUUGCAGUUGCUGAGACACCAUUUUAUCAACGUAGUAUGCGAACUUAUAUUCCUAAAUCAUUGACAAGGGUUGGUUGCGUGUUGGGCAAAGUUUUUAAUGGAACUACUGAUGAAACCAAUGCGUACUUGGUGGAUGAGACGCGUAAGUUAGCGGAGAGUGGCAGUCAAAUAGUAAUAUGGAGCGAAGGCGCUGCUGCGGUGUUUGAUGAAGAAGAAAAACAGGCUUUGCUCAAUGCAGUUCGUGACUUGUCCGUUGCCCACAACACCUACAUCGCAUUUUCAUACAUAGAUCAUGCAAUGCAGCAUAACAAAGUGACACUGGUAUCUUCAGAAGGAGAAGUUGUAAUUGACUAUAUUAAGGCACAUCCAGUUGUCGGAGUAGAAAAAGUUAGAUCUGGGCCAGAUGAGUUGAAAACUGUAGAUACCAAAUUUGGGGUUGUUGGAGUUGCUGUAUGUUUUGAUUAUAAUUUCCCCCGGUUGAUGAGGCAGGCUAGCAAAAAGAAGGUUGAUCUUAUGUUGCAACCAAGCAGCACUUGGUGA